CAAGAUAAUGUUGCCGACUCCAAAAACAAAAGGUGGCCUAUUUUUGGCUUCAUCCCUCUGCGACGGACUUGAGGACAAUAAUAUGAGACAAGUUGUAACCCUUUUGCUAAAUAAAGGUGCGGAUCCUAAUGUCUUGAUUCCAAUACACGGAGUUACUCCGUUUCACUUAGUUAUCGGCAAUGAUUCAGAAGAAUUCGCAGAAGACGUGACUAAACUAUUCCUACGUCACGGUGGCAAUCCCAAUGUGAGAUCAAAUGACGGAAUGACUCCGGUUCACGUAGCAGCAGCUUGGGGCAGAAUAAACAUAUUGCAGUUACUUCUGGCAAAUGGUGGUGAUCCAUUACGUCUGGACAACGAUGGACGAAGUCCGUUUCACUAUGCCUUUGACGGAAAAUAUUUUAAUGUUGUAACGAUGCUUGCAAAUUAUUGUGAGAGUACUCAAAACGAGGAUGACAAACCAAAGUACAAUAUGAUGCUGGACAAAGUUUUAGUUACUAACGGGGAUGUAAUCGCCGAAUACAUUGUGUCGAAAGAUACGGUAUUAGAUGAAGACGACAUGGCACAGAAGAGUGAGCUUACCAAUUCUUCCAAUUACAAUCAAAACUCUUCCUCGAUGAUCGUAGACUUAAGCCGUACGCCAGAUGUACGUGCUGCUAUUGAAACCAAGUACAAAUUAUUAAAUAAUUCAAGUGAAUGCUCCUCUAGUAUUAAUCAUGCACCGACUGCUAAAAUACAGAAUAACGUUUUGCGAACUGGUAAGAAAGAAAUGCCGAAUUGCUCGUUUGUCGAUCUCGAUUUUGACUUUGCAAAUCUAUAUCUUUCCGAUGUCAUGCAAAAAGAAAAAUGCCUUGUCAGUCAAAUUAUUAAUCAUCUCUCGUCAUCAUUAACAAGUAGUUGCUCUAUUAACGAGACCUUGCACAAUAAAACAAACAAGCAAGAGGAAAGCACUAUUACAACAAGCAAUUCUAACACGUCAUUUAAUGACAGACUGUAUUUAAUGAAAAAUGUAGGUGCACAUUAUAAAUGUCAUAAAAAAUCAAAGAAUUCUCCAUUUAAAACAAAGAAUAGUAAAGAUAUUUUAAAACCUAUUACUCCAAAUAUGAGAAAACAAUAUUUAAAGUAUAGCAGACAAAGCACUUCCAAGAACAAAUGCAAAGAUAUCUCCGACAAAAUUUCUUUAACACCAACUCGUACAUUGGAUAAUUCCAUCAUCAGUAUGUCACCGAACUUUAAUACACCUAGUCACAGAAAGAGAAGAAAUGCUUGUAGAUUUCCAUUAACACCGUCGCAUAUUUGCAAUGAUUCUAUUGUUACCAAGUCGCCUAAUUUUACACCGGUUUGUACGGGGAAAAAAAAUUUAACAAAGACGUCACAUGAAGAUUCCCUGAAUGUAUUCAAGAAGUGCAAAACUGAGAUGCAAUAUCCUGAAUGUAAUUGGUAUAAAAAACAUGUAGCUCAAUCAACACCAAGAAGAAUUAAGAAACGAUCGAUAUACAAGUUUCAUUCUGGCCGAAAAAGAUUUAAACCUUAUCGAUAUGAAAGCGAUGUCACUUCUGAUGAAUUUAUUUCUAAUAAUAUAUUAAAGCCAAUUGAUUUAGAUAAAACAAUUUUUUCUGAUACAACUCGCUACGAUAUUCUAGAUAAGAGUAGUGAACAUUCAUUAUUAAAUUUUAACAAACCUAUAAAAAUAGAACAAGAUCAACAUAAAAAUAAUUUGGCAGUAAAAUUGGAUGAAGAAAGAUACGACGAGACCGAUAAUAACAGUGACGCAAAUCUUUUAGAUACAAAUAGCAGUUUUAAUCAAAUUGAAAAAGAGAACGAACCUGUUAGCAAUUUUAGCAAUGAUAAAAAAUAUGCCAAAUCUGGAAAUAAUGAAAUAAACACCGAAUUUAUAACAAUCAGAAAAAAAUUUGUUAUUGAUAAAGCACUGGAAAAACCAGUAGACACUAAUAUAAAAUCUACAUGUACAACUGAAUCUGAUUCAUUGCAUAAGGAAAAUUUCGUAGAUUGCGUUGGUUGUGAUACUAAGAAAUUAUUAAAUGAAGAUUUAAAUAUUAAUAUAAGCAAGACUUGUAAUUUACAUGCAAAAAAUUGGUAUGGUAAUAGGUUUCACUUAUCUCCGGUAUAUAAAUCGCUUAUAGAAAAUAAUUCAAUCCCUGCUAUGAAUUUACCUAUACAAUGUAAGAAAAAAAUUUAUGUACUCGGCUCUCAAAAAUCAUAUUCUUCAAGAAGUACUGAUUCUAAGGGAACAGAAGGUUUAUUAAAAGCAAAAGAAUUAGAUGUGUGUAAUGCUCAAAAUAAUUCAUCUCUGCUUUCAUAUGUCAGUACCCAAGAGUAUAAAUAUGAAGAUCCAGAAGAAGGUGUAAUUUUAUUAGAACGGCGACUUUGUGUUACUCCAUUUAGUUCUGAUAGUGAAUAUGUUGGAAGCAAAAUGGCUGGUGUUUCAAGUACAUCCACUUCUCAAAGUUUACCAGAAGAGAUACUGUUUAUCGACGAUGUUGCUCUUAGACAAGAACUUAGGCAGCUUGGCGAUCAACCUGGUCCAAUCACUAAUACAACUAGACAGCUCUAUCAAAAACGUCUUUUACGUUUAAGAAAUAUCAGGGAUGCCAAUUCUGUUUCAUUCAUACCAAAUCUGCAGAGUUCUCCAAGAAAUCAGAUUUCAAAGCUGGACAAAAUCAAAUCUUAUUUGGAGCUUGGAGAUUGGUUAAAUCAUCUGGAUACCUAUAGAAGCAUGGAGAAGCAAGUAUUUCAAGAAUUUGUAUCGCCAGAUCCGUCUCGGAGAUGGCGUGAAGGCACAUCAAAAACAUCUUUCACAUAUCUGCUGCUAGACCCGCGUAUAACGCAGGAUCUGCCAAAUCGCAGUGUUCACCUUACAGAAUCGGAAGUUUGGUCAAUCUUCCUUAAUGCUAUAUUUUAUAUUGGUAAAGGCAAACGUUCCAGACCUUAUUCUCAUCUCUAUGAUGCUUUCAAGAUGUGGGUGGGUGGUGGUAACAAUACAAAUAGAAAAAUCAAUUGCAUUCUCAAUAUAUGGAACAGUAAUUGUGGUGUGAUCUGUUUGCAUGUUUUUCAAAAUAUUAUUCCAGUAGAGGCUUACACAAGAGAAGCUGCCAUGAUAGAUGCGAUAGGAAAGGAAUAUUUGAAAAACUCUAUAGGUGGGAAGUAUUAUGGUAUCGCGGCAACGUGGAGCAUACAACAGAAACAGAAAUUUGGUAGAUACUUAUUAUACAAAGCUUUACAAAUUUUUAUACACGAAGGAGAGAAUCAGCUUUCCCCUUGCCAUUUAUAAUACAAGCAAAAUAAGAUAGAUGCAAUACAACAAAUCAAUUUUAAUAUCGCGCUAGACUUUAUCUAAAUAGAUACAAAUAUAUUGUAUAUUAAUUUUUGAUGCACAGAUAGAAAUGUG